UCUUCGAUUCGGCUUUUUGCGCCACAUUCAAGUUGAAGAACCGUCGGGAUAAGGACCAGUUUUUUUUAAUCCGCUGUUUGAACACAAUUCUUGUGCGAUUCCACCGUAAAUUUCUUGAAAAGACAAACCAGUUUCAUAAAGCAUCAAAAUGUCCCAAAAAGGAUCCGCCAAAGCCAAGACAACGAAGCAAACAAAAUCGUCCCGCGCUGGGCUGACUUUCCCGGUCGGAAGGAUCACGACUGCCCUGAAGCGUGGCAAAUACGCCGAGCGCAUCGGAACAGGUGCCGGAAUCUAUAUGGCGGCCACUCUGGAAUACCUGUUGGCCGAAGUACUGGAACUGUCCGGAAAUGCAGCGAAGGACAACAAAAAGAGCCGCAUUGUUCCACGCCACAUUCAGCUGGCCGUUCGAAAUGACGACGAGUUGAGCAAGCUGCUGAGUCAUGUGUCCAUCUCCCAGGGCGGAGUGCUACCCAGUAUUCACUCGGCGUUGCUGCCGAAGAGUACCUUGAUCAAAAAGGCGUCUGCAGCCGGGGGCGAUUCCAACCCUAGCCAGGAGUAUUGAGGAGGAGGCCAUCCCCACCGCCGCAGAGAGACAGAGCAGAGCUUGCGUUACGGCGGAAUCAUCACAGUACCUUCCUUUAGGACCAUGACAAGUUACUUAUUUUAAGAUUAGGAACGCGUGCCACUGGCACUGUUAGUUUGUAAGACUUUUGAUUGAAUUUGCCGCUUUCGAGAUUAAAUAUGUAUUUUAACGAUUACCAA